AUGCCGUGUGGUUCCCAUCUCUUUCCCGCGGAUGUCGUAAAUGGUGACUGGCGAGCCGCCGCUCCCUCCGAGACCGCUGACCGGCCCGCAGGCGCGGAGGGCGAGUUCAAGCUGCUGGAGCCGGAGCGCGUGGCGCGGCUGUGGGGCGCGCGCAAGCACAAGCCGGCCAUGAACUACGAGAAGCUGUCGCGCGCGCUGCGCUACUACUACGACGGGGACAUGAUCGCCAAGGUGGCCGGCAAGCGAUUCGUGUACAAGUUCGUUUGCGACCUACGACAACUUAUCGGCUACGACGCCGGGGAGCUCGCCGAGCUCGUAAAGGGCGUCCACGACGGCGGGGCGUGCGAGGAAUAGCUGGCUUCUACGACAACACGCCGCAGAGCAGAAUGGGGCCGCUCUCCGUGUGGUUAAAGGCGAUUGAGGGUACUUCAAUUCAGCGCUACGAAAGUAUACUUCAAAUGGGUUGACGUGAUGCGAUGGCUGGUCAUGAAACUGAUGUUAUACUUUUCAGUU